AAGGAAGAAUGGAGUUCCCAGACCAUAGCCGGCAGUUACUGCAGUGUCUGAGUCAGCAGCGUCACCAGGGUUUCCUGUGUGACUGUACUGUUUUAGUUGGAGACGCUCAGUUCCGAGCUCACAGAGCCGUCCUCGCCUCCUGCAGCAUGUACUUCCAUCUUUUCUACAGGGACCAGCUAGACAAAAGGGACAUUGUGCAUUUGAACAGUGACAUUGUCACCGCCCCAGCCUUCGGCUUGCUGCUCGAAUUCAUGUACGAAGGCAAGCUGGAGUUCAACAGCCUGCCGGUGGAAGACGUACUGGCGGCCGCCAGCUACCUUCACAUGUACGACAUUGUGAAAGUCUGCAAGGGCAAGCUGAAAGAUAAGGAAUUGUGCGGGGAGGAGAAGACGAACGGCGGCGGGGCCCCUUUGGAGAAGGAUGAGCGGGGCUCGGCCAACGGCGUCCCCCUGGGGCACGAGCUGGACUCGGGGAGUAAACAGAAAUUCGCCACUGCGGAAUAUGAACGACCGGCCGCCGGGAAAGAAAAGGGCAGCGCUUAUUCUGCCUGGUCCUCUGAUCUUGUAAGUAUCAACUCUGUGUUGACCGAGGACGAAUCGGACACCGUGGCAGCUGAAAAAACAAAAGCGAAUGUGGGGACGUUGGGAGGACCUUUGUCCCAAAGGUCUCUUAGCCACCGCUUGGCUUCGAGUGAUGCCGAGUGUGCUUUAGAUUUGUCUUUCAAGCCUCUGGCUGGGAGAGAUUCCUUACACCCCUCCUACGUCUUUGGACAGCUGGCGCCCGAUAGCCAGCAGCAGGGUAGCGAGACUCUUGUGAAAGACGAACAAGAGUCUCUGUCGGACGAGGAGGACGGGGAAGCGGGGAGCCCAGAGAGCCAGCAUUUUGGGACUGCUGCCAAGAACCUGAUGACGGGGCUGGGAAACGUGUUUGCGGGGAAUGGGAAUUCUCACGUGCCGGAGGAGGACCUCGAUCACGAACGGGAGGCGAGCGAGGACGACAUGGACUCCUCCGACAUCUUAUCGCCGGGCGUCUUGGUCCCUCCCAGCCACAUCUGCGUGUGCCCCCUCUGCAGCAAAGUCUUCCCCAGUCCACACGUCCUGCAGCUCCACCUCAGUUCCCACUUCCGCGAUAAGGACGGCUCCCGGACCCGGCUGUCUCCCGACGGUUCCGUCCCCACGUGCACCCUCUGCGGCAAGACGUUCUCCUGCAUGUACACCUUGAAAAGACACGAAAGGACUCACUCGGGUGAGAAGCCGUACACCUGCGGCCAGUGUGGGAAGAGCUUCCAGUAUUCCCACAACCUCAGCCGGCAUGCGGUGGUGCACACGAGAGAGAAGCCGCAUGGCUGCAAAUGGUGCGAGAGACGGUUCACCCAGUCCGGCGACUUGUACAGACAUAUCCGUAAAUUUCAUUGUGGCCUUGUAAAGUCACUGGUGGUUUGAGGUAAAUCGUGUUGGGGG